CGCCAUUCUACAUUUCGCAAUAUAAACAAUAAUAUACAAUAUUUCCAAAUAAAGCGCAAUAAUUUCCAGAGAUAAGGAAUUGAAUUAGUGAACAAUGCGUUACUAAGGACAACUCAGCAAUACUCCUAAAACCAAAGGUUUUCCAAAAUGGAAAAUGUAUUAAAUUCCUACGCCAUGACGAAAUCGAAGGUGGGGAACCCCCCGAAAAAACACAAGCUUCAGAACGAAUGGACCCUUUGGCUGGUGGAGUACGAUCCCAAAAGGUCGUGGGAGGAUAUGCUGAGCAAGAUUGAGACCUUCAACACCGUCGAGGACUUUUGGGGACUUUAUUACCGCAUCGAACAGCCUUCGAAGCUCGAUAAGGGCUCUGAUUAUAUGCUCUUCAAGAAGCAUAUUCCACCCAUGUGGGAGGAUCCGGCCAAUAUAAAUGGCGGUCGCUGGAUAAUCACACUUCCCAAGACGCACACAACCGAUCUGGACAUCAUUUGGCUGGACUUUCUGCUUUGUCUGAUUGGCGAGGCCUGCGACAACUGCGAUCAGAUCUGUGGAGCUUCGGUUAGGAUCCGCAAAAAGGUCAAUAAGAUCUCCCUCUGGACCAAUGACGGCAAGGACGAGGAGGCUGUCCUGGAAAUUGGUCACAAACUCCUCGAAGUCGUGCGCUUUGGAGGCCACAAAAUUCUGCAGUAUCAGGAGCACAUGAAGGAGAGAUUGGGUUCCGAACUAUCACAUAUUUUGAAUAUUGGACAAAGAUCUUAGGAGCUUUACUCGCAAGGCUUAUGUUAAUGUAUAUACCUACGUACAUAUAUCUCAAGAUUAUACAAUUUAUUUAUAGAAAUUUAAACAUAUUAAUUAUUGUAGUAAUAUGUAACUU